AUUUUCUUUAAUGAAAAUUAAAAUCAUGUGAAAUAACUGAAGUGAAAUCUCAGACCAAACGUAUGAACUUUGUGAUGACAGAUUCCAAUCACUGCAUGAAUGCAAAGAGAGACAAAUGUUGGCAGCAAGAGUGUUAAGUGUUACCUCUCAUCAAAACUCCUCAUAAGCCUGCCAUGGUGUGAUUGAGUAAAGUUGGAGUUGGGAAACAUCAGGCUGUUUUCUGACAGGGCAGGAAAGUUCCCUGCAAGGAGUGGCUAAAGAGGCCUGGAACAAACUGUUGAAGGACUGGUGGCGAGGAAUGCUGCUUUUCUGGUGGAAGACGCAAACGUCAGCCUGCCUACCUAUCCUUAUGCUCAUCUACAGCUAAAAAAAAACAUGUAACUUGAUUUGGGUGUACUUAACAUGUCAUCUCAGACUGUUAAAUGAUUGGUGUAAAACAAUUCCUAAGAUAUUUCUAAUCAUACACCUGAGACUUGCACUCUUUAGUGUCUCGGCAUUUCUAAAUAUCAACACAAGACAUGGUCUUCUGGAUUAUUAUCCCCAUCGCGCUCUCUGCGGUUUCAUUUUUUGGAUCCUGGUCAGUAUAUGCACUGGCACUAGGGAAUGGACAUGUGUGCUCACUUAGCAACUGGGACUACAGGAACUCAUGCCAAACAAAUGAUUCCGGACACUGCUGUACAACCAAAGCCCCUACCAUAAGCUCCAGUGGGACUAUGUUUCCGGAAAAUUCCCUUUUCUCUGCCACCAUUAACGCGGGGGCAUUCUUGUUUCUGGUGUUUUGUAUAUUUCAUCAUGCCCACAUCCUGGAUAGAAACAUCGGUCAGUCACUCAUCAGUAAAAUUGCCCUGGUCUUUGGCUGUGUGGCGUCAGCUGGUGCCUUUGUGGCAGGGAACUGUAAUCCGGCUGAACUGGUGUUGCUGCAUUACCUGGGUGCCGCUGUGAGUUUUGUGUGCCUGUGUUUCUACAGCCUCCUCCUCACCUGGCUCACCAGCAGGUGCCUUCUCACCGGACUGGAACGUUACCUCUACCCAGCACGUGUCAUAUCUACAUCAAUCCAGAUCUUGGUCACCAUCCUUUAUUGUAUUUUCUUCGUCCAAACAGAUUACUUUUACAGACAUAUUUCUGCCAUUUUUGAGUGGACACUCAGUGUGAAUAUGGAAAUGUAUGAGCUGAGCUUUGGGGUGGAGUUUUUCUUUUUCUCAUCAUCAAUGCUGAGUUCACUCCUGGAGAAAAGGGAUGAGCAAAAACCACUCAUUUUGGCCUGAGACCAGGCCCUAAUCAGGAGUACCAAUUUCCGUUAUUUAUUUGUAUUUCGCAUCCCCAUGUACACCAAAACGGAUUACCUUCCAGAAAGAAGAUCUUUGGGAUGCAUCUGGUAAUCCCAGGGAGGCUGUUGGUUACUACUUGAUCAGGAUAAAUGAACUUCGUGCAAUUUUUAGGUAUUAACAGCAUCAGAGAAACUUAUAUUUUUGUAGUCUAUUUUGAACUGAGAACUAUUUUGAGAACUGCAUCUUUGCUAGUAGUGUAUGUUUGGAAACCAUCUACCAAAAUGUUCUUUCAUGCCAGAGAUAUUCCAAGGACAUCAGUCUGAUAUACAUAAAGUGCCAUUAAAAUGGAAGUCAGUGUUUAUGAUUACACAUUCAGUUUACAUUUCACUUUGUGUACCACUACUGAAGUUAUGUUAGAUGAAUGUUUUUGUUGCAGGACUGACACCAAAUAACUAAUUGAUAUACUGUCCACUAAGAGUCACCGGUAGGACCCAUUCUCCAGUUUCUUAAAGAAAUAUGGCAUUAUUAUUAUUAUGAGGUCGUUAUUAUCAGGCGUUUUUAUUCUGAAGAACAGCUAAUAAUUGUAAUUUAUUCAAGUAUACACAUUUCCAUGUGGUACCGUAUUGCACUUUUGAUUUACACUUUGAGAAUGUGUGCAGUGAUUGCAGAUUACUUUUUUCCAAUAGUAUCAGUCUAAUAGUUAAGAUUUAGUUUGAAGCAGAGAGGACUGGUUUACAUUGUAGUACACACUAAGUCAUCACUUGUUUACAACUUGUACAUUUUCCAGUUUUUAAUUAUCAGUAUGUAAUCACAAAAUUAAGCAUUUUCACCAACUGACAAAACAAUGUAUUUUAGGAUAUUGUAUUUGAUCAAAUUUACAGUUGCUGUUUAUUGUUUAGACAGUUGAUGUUUGAACCUAUGUAUAUUUAUUUAAAAUAAAUUUGGUGGUGACUUGGAUCUGCAAUUUUUCCACCAUUAAAUGCAUAAAUGCUUUGUUAAGAACA